AGAUAUUUGAAAUAGGAUAAAUGUCGUUCUUCUUUUCAUAUAAUCUAGCGUUAAAGAAAGAGGAGGUGGUUGCAACAGCUUGGUCUCAUUCAGAAUUCCAACCUCUUCUUGCGGUCUCAACUACCCAACCAAGAAUUAUGUUUGCUCAGGAAGAAGCUCAAGAAGUGACAGAUCUUGAUACAUCCAGUUUGAAUUUCAGCAGAGGAGCACUUGCAUGAGUACUUGAAUGGCACCCAAUGUUACCUUCAUUAGCUAUUGGAUGGCAAGAUGGAGUGGUCACACUCUGGAAUGAAGAUCCAAGACUUACUAGAGAGGAGAAGGUACUCCAUAAGUCUGAGAUUACCAAUAUCACUUUCAGUCAAGACGGAACUCGUAUGGUCACUGGAGACAAAAGUGGAACGGUUGGAGUUUGGAGAACUCACAGAGGACUUACUCCAAUCUGCCAAUAUAGUAAAUCAGGAUCAAUCACAAACGUAGCAUUCUGUGGACUUGCUUAUGAAGAAGAUUCUAUGGAAAAAUGGAACUCUCUUUUCUUCUUUGGUGGAAAGAAAGGAUCUGUCUGCCUGGCUGAUGAUCUCAAAAAUUGUCAUGAAGUUUGCAAAGUAGGAGGAAGUAUCAAGAGCAUGCUCUUCUAUGAAAAAGAGAACAGUGUUAUCAUUAUCACUUCCCAUCUCUUACUCGUACAAUUCAGAAUAAACUUGAAUGAGAAGUUAGUUCCUGAUAGAAAAGUUAAGCUUUCUGUGGCUGGUGAUCCAGAAAAACUCAUCACUAUUUGGGCUGGAACUUCUCUCCUUGUCACUGCCUCUGGGGAAAAUAUGAUCAGACUUUUACAUUUAGAAGAGGAUGAAAGUUAUCCAUUAACUCUUUCUGAAGAUGCAUUCGAUGGAAAACUGUUCAGAGAUAAAAUAGUCACAGUCUCAUACAACGAGAAGAAAAGAAUCUUAGCUGCUGGAACUAAAGAUGGAUAUGUCUGUAUGUGGAAAUGCAAGUCUAUGUCUGCCAAAAGCCCAGAUUCUUCCGAUGGUUGGGAAGCUAAACCACCGUUCCUUGCAGAUACCAAAGCUAAGAAUCCACUGAUUACCUCAAUGAACUGGGGAGGAUCAAGCACAAUUUUAUCAGCAGCGAAUGAAUCUGGAGUUAUGGUGCUUUCUCAGACAACUUUGAAAAAGAAAAUGAAAGGAAAGCUGAAAAUAAUGCAAUGCUCAAACAAAGCUGUCGAAGUUAGGAUGAAAAAUGAAGCUAGUCCGAAUGCAGAUUUCCAAAUCAUCAUGACAUUAGCUAUCAACAUCAAAGGUCUCGACUGUUAUGAUAAUUACACAAUAUUCUGGGACGGAAAAUAUGCUCAAAUUUAUGAAGUAUUUGGUGACAAGAACCCAGCCCUGGUCGGUACAUUUGAAAGCAACUCCAAGGUGAUGGCUCUCUAUGAAGACUCUAUCUUCCAAGCUAAAGAAAAGAAUAUCGAAGUACUGAACUAUCAAGGUGAGAUUAAGCAGAUGAUCCCAGUCACAGAGCAAGAUGGAGAAAUCACUCAUAUGGAGGUCACCAACAAGCAUAUGGCUAUCGUAACUGCUAACAAUAUGAUCAAGGUAUUCGAUAUUUCUAGAAGGAAUAUCAAACAAGUUGGAAUGACUCGUAAAUUUGGAGAUGGAAAUCAAUGCGAAAUCAAAGGCAUCGCUCUAAAUAAUGACGGAAAGAAGAUCGUAAUCCUCUCUGACCAGAUCCCAAUUCCUUCUAUUAGAAUUCCAGACAUUAAAUUCUACAUCUAUGAUGUUGAAAUGGACACUUUCAUGGAGAGUGAAGUUGAAACUGAUAGAAUUCCCUCUGAAGCUUUCUGGGACCAAGAAGACCCAAGACUCCUCUGCAUUGAAACUGAAUACAUGAAAAUGAGUGAAGAAACCCCAGAAGAAGACUUUGAAGGUGACCAGGAAGAAGACGAAGAGGAGAAAAAGGAAGAAUUCUCUGGCAAAACAGUGGAUAAGUAUUUUGUAACCGGUGAUUAUGGUGUCAAAAAGCAAGACUCUAUUAACUUCGAAGAUGGAGAAGAGACUCUUCUAGGCUCUAAUGUUCCAUACCUCUUCUUCCUUGGUCAUAGAAAAGCAAGAAAGGACAGCGAUGAUAUGGAAGAGGAGAAGAAAGGAGGCUCUUUCGUUAUCCUAAGGAAAACAAUGAAAGAUUUCUCUGGGCUUGAGAAUGUUGAAGAGGACACAAGGAAAGCAAUCCUCAAUUUCUCUUUCUACCUGACCUGUGGAAACCUAGAUGAUGCAUAUAAUUCUGUCAGGACUAUCCAGAAUAUCUCAGUAUGGCAAGUCAUGGCUCAGAUGUGUGUCAAGAACAAGAGGCUUGAUGUAGCAAAAGUCUGUCUUGGAAACAUGAGAUUUGCAAGAGGAGCAAAAGCUGCCAGAGAGGCAGAUGAUGAAAAAGAAAUAGAAGCAAAGCUUGGACUUCUCUCUAUUCAAUUAAACAUGAUUGAUGAAGCUAAAGAAUUAUUCGAACAAUGUGGAAGAUAUGACUUGCUGUGCAAUAUGCUCACUGCCUCAGGAGAAUGGGAAGAAGCUAUCAAUAUUGCUGAGAAAAAUAAUAGAAUCAAUCUUAAGAAUAUCUUCUAUCAAAUGGCUCAGCACUAUGAGCUAUCUGGAGAAAUAGAAUUGGCCAUUGAAAACUAUGUCAGAAGUAAUACUCAUGUGAGAGAAGUUCCAAGAAUGCUGUUCAAGAAUGGAAACUUUGAGAGACUAGAAAAAUUCAUUUUCGAAAGAAAAGAAGCCCCUCUUUACAAAUGGUUAGCACAAUAUUAUGAAUCUCAAAAUAGGAUUGAGGAUGCUUUGAAUUUCUAUCAGAAUGCUGAAGAUCAUGCAAGUUUAGUCAGGUUAUUCAUCCUCAGUAAGGAUCUAAACUCAGCAAUGCAGACUGCUCUCGAGACCCAAGACCCAGCUGCUUGUUUCUAUUUGGCUAGAUCAAUGGAAGAAAUGGGCAAUCUCAAAGAAGCUAUUCAGUAUUACUCAAAAGCCCAAAGAUACCAUCAUGCUGUGAGACUAGCCCAGGAGCAUAACUUCGAUAAUGAUGUCUUCCAGAUUGCUCAAACAAGCAACAACAAGAAUGUGAUGCUCCAAUGCGCUGAAUACUUCGAGAGAAGGAACAGAUUAGAACAAGCUGUUACUCUCUUUGAUAUGGGAGGUAACUCCAAGAGGGCUAUCAACAUUGCGAAGAAGAAUAAUAGGCCUGAAUUGAUCAACAAUAUCCAAAUGGUCAACAUUGAUGAUAUCACCGAUCCAGUGGAAAUGGUUGAAAAAGCAAGAAUCAUGGAAGACAAUGGCAAGUAUGAUAAAGCAGUUGAGUUACUGAUCAAAGCAGGAAGAGGAGAGGAGGCUCUCGAUUUAGCAGAGAGGAAUAAUGCUGAAAUCUCUGAUGGAGUAGCUACUAAGUUGAUCCCAGAGAAAUCUAAAGAUUCUGUACAAGAGUCUAUCAGGCAAGGAAUGCUGCUGAGAGUGGCUAAGCAAGUCCAAAAGAAUGGUAACUUCCAACUUGCUUGUAAGAUGUUCACUCAAGCAAAACAGAAAGUUAAAGCUAUGCAGGCUUUGCUUCAUAGUGGUGAUCAAGCAAAGAUUAUUAACUAUGCACAAACUGCUAGGAACCCAGAAGUUUAUGUACUUGCUGCAAAUUUCCUGCAAAAUUCUGAAUGGCUGAAUGACACCAAAUUGAUGAGUACAAUUAUCACAUUCUACUCAAAAGCUAAAGCAUUCGAGCAAUUGAGUGGAUUCUACGACGCCUGUGCUCAAGUAGAAAUUGAUGAAUUCCGUGAUUACAACAAGGCGUUAGGAGCAAUGAGGGAAGCAUUAAAGCAACUAAACAAAGCUGAAUGUGCUAAUAAGCAACAAAAAAUUGAAAUGCUUGAAAAGAGAAUUCAAAUUAUCCAAGAGUUUGUUGAAGCAAGGAACUUAGCCCAAACUGACCCUAGCGGAAUGGAGAAAGCUUGUAUUGAACUUCUCCAAUACCCUGAAGUUGAGACUGCCAUUAGAAUUGGAGAUGUGUUUGCCCAACUCGUCGAAUAUUACUAUGAAAAGGGAGAUAUGCAAUCUGCUUUUACUUAUUUGCAACAAAUGAAAAAGAGAAAGAUCAUCCUUACCCCUUACCUUGACAAUGAGAUGAUCAGCAACAUCUACACCUCUAAUGGAAUGAAAAAUCCUGCUGAUGAAGAAGAUGAUGAUGAGAUCCCUGAAGACUUCUCUUAGUUCAUAAAAAUUAAAAUUCAACA